AGCUCCGCAGAAACGCAUGGGCUCCCUCGCAUGGUCUCUUUUGAGUGACUUCGUUGAAAAUGUUACGGUUUGGGAUCAGAGCGCGUCCCCGGAAGAUGGCCUCCCUGGAAGGGUUAGGCAGCGGCCCCGAGGGCAGACUGAAACGUCUGAGGAAGAUAGUGACAGGAUUAGUGCGACACGAGAGACUUGAGAUGCCGCACGGUACGGCUGACGAGGCGAGGGGAUAUGCCGAGCGGCUCAUCCAGAUUGCCAUGAAACAUGGGGACCAGCAUCCACCAACCAUGGAGAUGGCCAACUACUGGCUGCUGGAAAAGGAUCUGAUCCACAAGCUGUUCAAGGUGCUAGUACCGAGGUUCCAGAACAGCCCAUACACCUUCACAUACAUGUGGAACCUUCCGACCAAGUAUCCCAGCCCAGGUGGUGCCAUGGCCAUUCUUGAACUAAAAGGUAACCCAUGGCCCCCAGUCAAGCCAAGGCAGCGAGAAACUCGGUACAUGUUGUCUAAUGUCCUCUUGGAUGCUGCAAGACAUGACUAUCACAGACAGAAGGAGAUGGAGCAGAGCCUGGAGACAAGGCAGUCACAUGACCAGGGGGAGACAACUGCAGCUGAACAGGAAGUGACAUCACAGGAUGAUGCUGUUGCUUUCAGUGGAGUCAAGAGCACUGGAGGUUGUGAGACACAAGACAUUCAGGGUGUGACUUCACAAUCAAAGGGCACCGACCUCAAACCAGCAUGAAUGAUCUACACACUGUUGUAGAGUUUAAAUGUCAUCAAGAUUUGUGUUAGGGAUUUAUCUGAACUCCUCACGCUGACAUUUGGACGAAGUUUGCAGGAAAUGUCAGCAUUUAUUCCCAAGAUGGAAUAAAACAUUUCAGGCCUUGAUGUUAUAACAAUGUCAUGGCUUAACAGUUGUAAGUAUUUUACUUAUAACACAACUAAUACUGAAGAUAUGUAUUCCCUGCCUGAUUUUGCAUUAUUGCAUUUUGGGCAGUAUUGUAAUGCCUCAGAAUUUAGUAAAAUACAAACUGAAAAUAGUCCCUGUUUUGAACAACAUACUGCAUUUGAACAAUUUGCCCUCUUUGGGCACAGUGCCACUUAAUUUUGAAUCCAAGGUUACUUUUGUGUGCUAUCUAUGCAUGACACUUGUAUAUGUGAUGAGGAAUAAAAGAAUGUGUGUGUGUAACGA